AUGAACGACGCAACGGAGCUGCGCUGCAUGGCCUUGAAUGCCGAGAGGUCGAUUCAACAGUCAGAGGUGCAUGGGGCUGCGGCAUCAGAUGUUACUCCCCCAAAUACGCGCAAAAAGCGCCGUCUCAGAUAUGAGGACGACAUCAUCAAUGGAAUAAAGCCUGAAUCCAAUGACAUCGUGCUAAUGAGUCCAUACCUCUCCAUCAUAGGCAUGACGCCCGCUCAAUACGAGACCCUGAACCACGGCAGGGCCAGUAAUGGCUGGCCAACCGCGAACCAAUCAGUCACUCACAUGCGUGCAAACGAUCCGAACGGAAGGCGUGGUGACGGAUACUAG